CUGCUCCUCCGUGGUUUGAGUUUGACCGCGACGCGAGUACGCGACCAGCCCUCUCCUCCUCUUCCCUCCCACCUCCCUUGCCGAAGCGAAGAGCACACCCCCACAGCAGAAGCGAAAAAACGGCAGGAAGCGCAAGCCAAUCGGGGCAGGCAGAGAUGCUCGCCCGCUGAGCGCGAGGCGACCCGCAGCCCGGCCCCGUCCGAGACGCAGGCGCGCCGCCGCCAUGGAUCCGGCGUCCGAGGAGCUCGAGCGCCGCAGCCGCUACCUCAGCUCGCUCAUCCGCCGCACCAAGCUCAGCGCCGCCCCGGCUCGAGCUCCCCCUCCUCAGCCGGAGCCGGAGCCCGAGGUGGCGGUGGCGCCACCGAAUCCGAAUCCGGAGCCGGAGCCGGAGCCGGAGGCCGCGGUUGGGAAGCGCGGGGAGGCUAAGGCGGCGGAGCCAGUGGCCGAGGAGAAGGAGGAGGAGGAGAAGCGGGAGGCCAAAGAGGCGGGGGACGGCGAGAAGGGGAAAGAGAUCAAGGCGAAGGACGACGACAGCAGGAAGGUGUCGGUGCGGGUGCGCGCGGCCGACAUGCCCCUCCCGCUGCAGCGCCGCGCGGUCCGCCUCGCCUACGAAGCCAUCGCCGCCAUGCCCCGCCUCGACAGCAAGCGCCUUGCCCUCGCGCUCAAGAAGGAAUUUGAUACAGCAUAUGGUCCUGCUUGGCAUUGCAUUGUUGGAACAAGCUUUGGUUCCUAUGUCACCCACUCUCUGGGAGGUUUCUUGUACUUCUCUGUCGACAAGGCCUAUAUUCUUCUCUUCAGAACCGCUGUUGAGCCACUAGGCCAUCCGCGAUGAGGGGCCAUGGAACACUCUACUAGCUAGCACAUUCUGUAUUCGACAUUUAACUGCAGAAGGUUAAGGAGAGUAGAACGAUCAUCGCCCUCCAUGCAAAUAUGUAGAACCAAUCUGCUGUAACUAGUUUUUUUCCAUGUACUGUGCACUAAUCUGCUAUGUAAACCUUAACAUUAGCUUUCGGAGCUGUAACUUGACUCGGUUCUUCAGUGCGAGGGGAAUUUUCUUUCGCAUCCUGUAAUGCCUUGUAACCUUUGUUCACCUUGGAAUCAGUAUGAUCUCUGAGGUCAUAACUUA